AUGUUAAAAGUAGCUGUUUUUGGAGCGACUGGGAGAGUUGGUAGAGUACUGGUGACACAAUUGAAGGAAGAUUCUACAAAUUUCAAGACCCCUCUGGUAUUAGUCAGAACGAGCCAACAGAAGAAGUAUUUCGAACAGUCUGUCGGCGUGGAUGCGGGUUUAAUCGAUUUAGAAAAUUCAUCAGUGGAUGACAUUGCUCAUGCUAUCGCUGACUGCAAUGCCAUCGUUUUCACCGCUGGCUCUGGAAACAAAUUCUUCACGGUGGAUCUAGACGGGUGUGUCAAAGUCAUGGAAGCCGCUGAAAAGACCGGAAUAAGACGUUUCAUUCUUGUUUCAGCUUUGAAAGCGGAAGAUCGUACUUUCUGGGAAUCUAUUCCUGGUUUGAGAGAGUAUUACAUAGCCAAGAGGGCUGCUGAUAGAGAUUUGAGGACCAGGGAUCUGGAUUACACCAUUGUGCAACCAGGCUGGCUUUACGAUGAAAAGGGGACGGGAUUGUUCACCCCAGUGGACAAAAUUGAUGAGCAAAUGGAAGUGGACAAAUCUUGCCAAAGAGAAGACGUCGCUAGUUUUAUCAAAGAAUGUCUCACACAACCAAAAAACACCAUUCGCAAAACUAUCCCAUUACUCAACGGCACUGAAGCUGCCUCCACUGUGAUUUCUCUAUUGUAG